CCCUCCUGGUCCCCUCACACUCACACACACAGGCCGGGCAUUGAUGGUAAUGUAUGCGAGGAAACAGCAGAGACUCAGUGAUGGCUGUCACGACCGCAGGGGGGACUCGCAGCCCUACCAGGCUCUUAAGUAUUCAUCCAAGAGUCACCCCGGUGGUGGUGAUCACCGUCAUGACAAGAUGCGAGAUGCCACAGAUCCUUCACCACCAAAUAAAAUGUUACGGCGCUCUGAUAGCCCUGAAAACAAAUAUGGUGACAACACAGGGCACAGUAAAGCAAAAAGUGUGCAUACUCACAGAGUUAGAGAAAGGGAUGGUGGGACCAGUUACUCUCCACAAGAAAAUUCACAUAACCACAGUGCUCUUCAUAGUUCAAAUUCACAUUCUUCUAACCCCAGCAAUAAUCCCAGCAAAACUUCUGAUGCAGCUUACGAUUCUGCAGAUGAUUGGUCUGAACACAUCAGCUCUUCAGGCAAAAAGUACUACUACAACUGCAGAACAGAAGUUUCACAGUGGGAAAAACCAAAAGAGUGGCUGGAAAGAGAGCAGAGACAAAAAGAAGCAAGCAAAAUGUCAGUUAACAGUUUUCCAAAAGAUAGGGAUUACAGAAGAGAGGUGAUGCAGGCGACAGCUGCCAGUGGGUUUGCCAGUGGAAUGGAAGACAAGCAUUCCAGUGACACCAGUAGUAUGCUCCCACAGAAUAUUUUAUCUCAAACAAGCAGGCACAAUGACAGAGACUACAGACUGCCAAGAGCAGAGACUCACAGUAGUUCUACUCCAGUACAGCAUCCCAUCAAACCAGUGGUUCAUCCAACUGCUACCCCAAGCACUGUUCCUCCUAGUCCGUUUUCUCUACAAUCUGAUCACCAGCCAAAGAAAUCCUUUGAUGCUAAUGGAGCAUCUACUUUAUCAAAACUGCCUACAUCCACACCUUCAAUCCCUGCACAGAAAACAGAGAGAAAAGAGUCUGCAUCGGUGGACAAGUCUGUAUCCCAUUCUUGCACAACUCCUUCUACAUCUUCUGCUUCUGGACUGAAUCCAACUUCUGCGCCUGCUUCAUCUGCUCCUACAGUUCCUGUCUCACCUGUCCCACAAUCACCAAUUCCUCCAUUACUUCAGGACCCAAAUCUCCUUCGACAGCUGCUGCCUGCUCUGCAAGCCACCUUGCAGCUUAAUAAUUCUAGCGUAGAUAUAUCCAAAAUCAAUGAAGUUCUAACAGCAGCUGUGACACAAGCCUCUCUGCAGUCUAUACUCCAUAAAAUUCUUACUGCUGGACCAUCUGCUUUCAAUAUCACUUCCCUAAUUUCUCAAGCUGCACAACUGUCUACGCAAGCUCAGCCAUCUAAUCAGUCUCCAAUGUCUUUAACAUCUGAUGCCUCAUCGCCCAGAUCAUAUGUGUCUCCAAGGAUCAGCACGCCUCAGACUAACACCGUUCCGCUUAAACCUUUGAUGACCACACCACCGGUGGCAUCGCAACAGAAGGUUGCUACUCCAGGUGUUAAACAAGGACCAGCUUCGCAGGCAGCACCUCAGCAGCCAGUAAUAGCUGACAAGCAGGCAGGUCAUGAACCUGCCUCUCCACGGAGUCUUCAGCGCUCGAGUAGUCAAAGAAGCCCAUCACCAGGUCCAAAUCAUACCUCUAGCACUAGUGCAUCAAAUUCAACACCUGCCCCGCAGAGCACGCCUGUACGACCCACGUGUUCAUUAACACCUACACUAGCAGCACACUUCAAUGAAAAUCUUAUCAAGCAUGUUCAAGGCUGGCCUGCAGACCAUGCAGAAAAACAGGCAUCAAGAUUACGUGAGGAAGCCCAUAACAUGGGAAGUGUCCACAUGUCAGAAAUUUGUACUGAAUUAAAGAAUUUAAGAUCUUUAGUUCGAGUAUGUGAAAUUCAAGCAACUUUGCGUGAGCAAAGGAUACUAUUUUUGAGGCAACAAAUAAAAGAACUUGAAAAGCUAAAGAAUCAGAAUUCCUUCAUGGUGUGAAAAGAUGUAAACAAUUGCACAUGGUUUUGAGUACAGGAACUAU